UAUAUAUAUAUACCCACAGAAGAACCAGGGCGAUUGUAUUGUAUUCAAGAAGAUAUGACUAACCACAAUAAUACUGUGGCAGUUCUGUCUGCAGAUAAAAAACCAGACCCUCGCCGCCGCCGUCUCGACCUGCUGGCGGUUGCCGUUCCGGCCACCGCCAUGCUUAGCCCGACAUUGCUGGACUCCAUGAGGGAUUCGUCGCCGACCCAGACAUCCUCCCAGGAUUAUUAUAACAAUUCUUGGGCUCUUCGUUAUCCGUCUGCUUUGAGGAUGUUUGAUCGCAUAGCCGAAGCUUCUAAAGGAAAACAAAUAGUAAUGUUUCUGGACUAUGAUGGCACCCUUUCUCCCAUUGUUGAGGACCCUGACAAAGCGUUCAUGACUAAAGAGAUGAGAGAAGCAGUGAGAGAUGUAGCAAAGCAUUUCCCCACAGCAAUAGUCACUGGGAGGUGCAGAUCUAAGGUUUACAAAUUCGUAAAACUAUCAGAGCUUUACUAUGCUGGAAGCCAUGGCAUGGACAUCAAGGGACCAGUCAAAGGACACAACUAUGAAAAGGGAAAUACGUGUCUUCUAUGCCAACCUGCCACAGAAUUUUUACCAAUGAUUGAUGAGGUGUAUAAUGCUUUAUUGGGGAAGACUAAAUCAAUCCCAGGAGCUAAUGUAGAGAACAAUAAGUUUUGCUUAUCAGUGCAUUAUCGUUGCGUUGAAGAAAAGAACUGGAAUGAGCUUGGUGAACAAGUAAAAUCCGUGCUCAAGGGAUACCCAAAGCUUCGAUUAUGUCAGGGAAGAAAGGUUUUGGAAGUUCGUCCUAUCAUAAAGUGGGACAAAGGCAAGGCACUGGAAUUCUUGUUGGAAUCCUUGGGUUACGCAAACUCCGAUGAUGUUUUGCCGGUCUACAUCGGCGACGAUCGGACGGACGAGGAUGCAUUUAAGGUCCUCCGGCAAAGAAGGCAAGGUUUUGGAAUCAUAGUAUCCACAAUUCCUAAAGAAACCAGCGCUUCAUAUUCUUUACAAGAACCAUCAGAGGUUAUGCAGUUCUUGAGGCGUUUGGUGGAGUGGACCACAAAAUCUGAUCUUUCAUAAAGAUUAAAGAUGUUGCAUAGGCUAGGAGGCCGACAAGACUUUUGGCAUUUUUUAAAAUUCCUCAAAAAAAAAAAAAUCCUGGAAAUUUUAUCUAUGGAGUAUUAUUAUCUUGUGUUAUAUUAUAUUCAUUCAUAAUUCAUAAUUCAUAAUUCUGUAAUUUUCUUUUCUUUCA